UUUCAGCCACGUUACCAGCUCCGUUCAGAGUGACGUCAUCAGACGGCGCCGUGUUGUUGUCAGUAGAGUCCAGUAGAGUUUAGUAGAGUUCAGCAGCAGUAGAGACACAAUGAAGUGAUUAUUUAACGGAGCAGCUGCUGACGGGUUCGGCUCGACUCUCAGGAUGCAGCUCUUGUAGCUCCACACAGAAUGAGUCGUGAUGAAGAGACCAAAGUUGGCCGGAGUGUUCCUCUUUGUGGGCUGCCUGCUCGCCUACCUGAUGUUUGUGAAGCGUCACUACUCCGCCACAAAGCCCAGACUACCUCCCUACUACCAGCCCGGCUCGGACCAGCUCACAGACGAUAGGCCCGCCUCUGCUGGACGGAGCUUCCAGUAUGGCAUCAUGUUUGACGCUGGGAGCACUGGGACCAGAAUCCAUGUCUUCAAGUUCCAGAUCGAGAACAAUGAAGCUCCCAAACUGGCCCACGAGACUUUCAGAGCCAUCAAACCUGGACUGUCUGCGUACGCUGAUGAGCCAGAGAAGUGUACAUCAGGAAUCACAGAGCUCCUGGAGGUGGCCAAGUCCAGCAUCCCAUCCUCCAUGUGGACCAUCACCCCCGUGGUCCUGAAGGCCACGGCGGGCCUGCGCCUGCUGCCUGGAGAGAAGGCCAAACACCUGCUGGACACGGUGAGGACGCUGUUUCUGGAGUCUCCGUUUCUGUCCAGAGACGACAGUGUGUCCAUCAUGGACGGCACCGAUGAAGGGAUUUCUGCCUGGAUCACCGUCAACUUCCUCACUGGUGAUCUUCACAGUACUGACUCGUCCACAGUGGGGAUGUUGGAUUUGGGGGGUGGGUCGACUCAGAUCACCUUCAGCCCUCAGGACGAGAAAACCAUCCAGAUGUCACCCAUCGACUACAUCAGAUCCUUCCAGAUGUUCAACAACACACACACUGUCUACACUCACAGUUAUCUGGGUCUCGGUCUGAUGUCGGCUCGACUCGCCGUCUUAGGAGGCGUCGACGCUUCACCCCUAGGGGGCAGCACUGAGCUGGUCAGCCCCUGCCUUGCUCCAGAGUCCUCGGGCAGCUGGGAGCACGCUGACGUCAUCUACACUGUGAAGGGACAGAAGGCAGGGGAGCCGGUCUACGAGGCGUGUCUGACCAAAGUGGAGAAGGUUCUGUACAGGAAGGUGGUGAAAGUGUCCGAGGCCGCAGACGUGGACUUCUACGCCUUCUCCUACUACUACGACCGUGCCGUCGACCUCGGGGUCAUUGAGGAGAAGAAGGGAGGAACCAUUCAAGUGGCCGAUUACAUCAGCGCAGCUAAAAGAGUGUGCAGCGGUCGGCCCCUUAGUUCUCUGCAGAGUCCCUUCCUCUGUCUGGACCUGGUCUACAUCUCAGUCCUGCUGCAGGAGCUUGGAUUCCCCCCAGACAAACAAUUCAAGCUGGCGAGGACGAUCAACCAGGUGGAAACCAGUUGGGCUCUGGGAGCAACUUUUCAUUACAUCGAGUCCCUGAAGAGACACUGAAGCUUUUAUUGUGAAAAACCUCACAAAGAUCCUGAAUGUCCUGAGGAGAUCCUGGACUUCUCAAGGUGACCUCAUACAGUACCCACACACAUGACAUCAGUAUGACAUCAUGUGUGACCGUCCAAUCAGAUGCUCUGCUGCUCCUCCGACUGUUUUCAUAUUUAAGCUCUGAACAAAGUGACCUCAUGGAAACACUCAACCUCAAAGGCAGCCGUGGAAAGUACUCGGUAGUACUGUAAUUUUGAGGUACUUGAGUAUUUCCAUUUUCUGCUACUUUACUUCUUUACAUUUAUUUAACUGACAGCUUUAGUUACUUUUCAGGUGAAGAUUUAACGUGUUAAACAUGUGAUCAGUUUAAAAGAUAUGAUGCUUUCUUAUAAAUUAAACUACAUUUAAGGAUAUAAAAUAGUUAUAAUUAGUUCUACCUGGACAACAUUAAAAUGCUGCUUACAUAAAUGCAUCAAUAAUAAUAUUCUAAUAAUAUAUAUAGAACACUGAGUAGGGUCACUUUGAAUAAGGAGUAUUUUCUAAGUACAUUUUGAUGAUAAUACUUUUGUACUUUUACUUUAAAGCAUUUAGGGGGAUCUAUUGGCAGGAAUGUAAAAUAAUAUUCAUAACUAUGUUUUCAUUAGUGUAUAAUCAGCUGAAAAUCAGAAUCAUUGUGUUUUUGUUAGCUAAUAAUGAGUCCUUCGUAUCUACAUAGGGAGCGGGUCCUCUUCACAGAGUCCGUCAUGUUUCUACAGUAGUCCAGAACGGACAAACCAAAGUUUCAGUUGUUUACAAUCCGCAAAUGUAUUGCUAGAUGUCACCAGAUUCUAAACACUGCUCCUUUAAGAUGAAUGCAUGUUUCACAAAAAUCACAAGUUGCGUAAAUUUACAAGUUUUAUUCUCUUAAAUUUACGACUUUAAUCCAACAGAAUAUCUGAGUUUUUCUUGUAAAUUUACGACUUUAAUCUCACAGAAUAUCUGAGUUUUUCUUGUAAAUUUACAAGUAUUUUUCUAGUAAAUUUGUGACUUUAAUUUCAUAAAUUCAGAGUUUUUCCUCUGAAUAUUACCCUCCUCCUCUGGCUCUGUAAUAUAUAUAUUUUUACCUACAGUGUCGCUGAUACGCCGUCGUAGUAUUCGGCCGAUCUGGUUCAUAAAGGGGGAUUAUAGCAGCAUGUCUUUAUUUUGAAUCUGUUCAUUAUUUGUACUGAUAUUGAAUGUUUGUGCCAAAAAUAUGAACCGUUUUUUUUACAGAUUUUACUGACAGACGUUUAUAACAUCAUUUAUGACUCUAACAUAUUUGGAGGAUCGUUUAUUUAAAACGGUCGCUCUGUGAAAACACAGUAAAGAAUCGUUAAUUAGAAUCAGAUGUCACACAGUCGUAUUGUCGAUCAUCUCACACUCUCCCAGUUCAACCAGUAAACAAAGACACUGGGUUCAUGUCUCUGACCUCAUGAUGAUUUACUCUGUUUGAUUGUUUUCACGAUGAAGGACUUCCUGUUUUUAUGUGUGUUUGGUACAAAAUCUGCAAUAAACAGACGUGAAUGUUUCUCUGAGCUUUGGUUAUAUUUAGAUUUUAUUUCAAACAUGUAAGAAUAAACAAGAAUAAUAAACUAAAUAAAUCCA